CUGUCAAAGCAAACGUCAUUUUAGGCGAAUCAAAACAAAAAUUGGAGCGAAAAUUAAAAAAAUUAAGGAAAUUUUAUACUUUUUGAGACAAAAAAACAUUUAAAACUAAUUUUUUACACAAUGAUGAGUAUCUGCGAUCAAAGAACAAACAAACGCAAGUUCGAUGAAGUCGAAGAUGCCAAUUCCGAUGGAUGGGGAGUGCAACAAAAAUAUUUCGUGAAUCAACGCCUUGUCAAUCUGAAUGACGAACAAAAAAUGGUCAAAAUUCAUCAAAAAACGCUCCAAUUGCUUUUUGAUGGAGCCAAGAAGAUGUCGGAUCAAUUUCUGAGUUACAAUAAAACCAUCAGACUUUCCGGAAAUGGGCAGAUACGAGUGAUUCAGGGAUAUGAACACAUCAAGAUACCAGAAGAAGCGGAAAAUAUGUGUCGGAAUUGCAAUGAUUACUCUCGGAUUUCGGGAAAUUGUGCCAAUUGUCCUCGUGAACUGUGCGAAUUGUGCGGCGUUUCGUGUGAAAAGUGUGACGAGUUCAUUUGUGUGACUUGUGUUCAGUUUUUUGGCUGCAAUAUAAAUAACGAAAUUCCAUGUUGUGAGAAGUGCAAGUCUUUCUCUUAGAUGCAAUAUUUAUCUCUAAAUCCACAAAAAAUCAGUCAUUUAGUAAUUAAGCAAAGAAAAAAAAGUUCAUACAUUUAGUUACAAUUUAUUUAUUUUUUACUCUUAAUUUUUCGAAACGAAUUAAACAAAAAAUUUGAAGAUUCAAGGCACUUUUAAGAACUGAAAAUUCAUUUUUAUACAAAUUUUUUUUAUAUUUAAUAAAUUGAAACUUAUAUAAUGGUAUAAAUAAUAAUUAAUCAUUACACCUAAAAACUGGUAUUUAUAAAAUCAACAAGUUGUUCGUGUUAUUUUGGCUAACCUUAUAAAUUAAAAAUAAAAACUUAAUAAAAAGCAUUCCUUAUGCUUGUUGAUAGUCAUGUGAGACCCCUAUUCCCAAUUUUGCAUUAAAUUAAAAAUUAUUCGUCUAGUUCUAGUCGUUUCUUUUUCAGAUACUGCUUCUAAUUUUUUCUCUUUUUUUAAUUUUAAAGCA